AUGCGUAAAGGUGCUCGGGGUGGCCCCAAAGCCAACACAGGAAGUGUUUUGAACACUAUAUCCCCAAACGCAGACAGAUUAAACAAUAAGCAAGCGAGAUAUGUAGGGUUUUUCAAAGAGCCCAAGAAAGAGCAUGCAAUAAUUCCCACUUUUGAGCCAGCUUUCAAAGGUGUGGGCGAGAAUAGGCAUUCCUCUAGCGUUUCGUCACAAAAUUCAGAGGGCGCUGAAUCUGAAGCUCCUGUUCAACUCAACGACUCGAAGGACACCUGUGUGAUAAGUUUCAAGUCGACAGCAUUAUUUAUCGGUGACCUUAACCUAGAUGUGACGGAAAAAAUGCUUAAAUAUGUUUUUGGUGUAUUUCCCUCGUUACAGUCCGUUAAAAUAUGCGUUGACGCCGAGACCAAGAGAUCUUUGGGGUACGGAUACCUAAACUUUUCCGCAGCUGAAGACGCAAAGAAAGCAAUCGAAGACUUCAACUACGUGAAGCUUUUCGGCAAGGAAGUGAGAAUCAUGCCGUCAAUGAGAAAUACCUAUUUCAGAAAGAAUAUUGGUACCAAUGUGUUUUUCGCUAAUUUGCCCUUAGAGAACCCAAACUUGACAACAAGAGCAUUUUACGAGACCUUCAAUCACUAUGGAAGAGUGCUCUCCUGCAAAUUGGAAAGACGAAAAAAUAUCGGAUUUGUAUACUUUGAGAGCGACGCUGUCGCUAAAAAAGUCAUUGAGGAAUUGAACGACACCGAGUUCUAUGGCAACAAGAUAUCAUGUGGCCUCCACUUCGACAAAGAUGUCAGGAAAUCCCCCGAAUUUGAAAAGAGGAAAGCCAAACUUCACGGUUUGACUAAAGAAAGCCUACUCACAGAUGAUCAAACCGAGGUUGAAUAUGGUGAACACUCUAACGGCCCACAUCCUAAUUCUGUUCAUGUGAAGAAUUUGCCAAUUGAGGCAGACAAUGAGAUGCUAUUAGACUUUUUCAGCAAGGUAGGGCCUGUGAAAUCCAUCUUCACAGCCAGAAGCAAGACGCACAAGAAUUCUUGCUGGGGCUUUGUAACCUACAAGAAAGGAAGAGAUACUCAGAAAGCACUGGUAGCUUUAAAUGGCAUGUUGUUUAUUGGAAAGAAGCUGACAAUUACCAAAGGCGUUAGAGCAGACUCCGAAAGAAACGCGAGAUCAGAAAACUCGGUGAAAGAAACCGCGAAAAAGGACUCAAUUUCGGAUUUGCUGUCAAAUGGAUACAGGCAAACGUUAUAUCUCAGCAAUCUCAGUUCAAUCUGUAACGAAGAGUUCUUGAUGCAGCUAUGCAUCACUGAAAAAAUUGGGUACAAACAGAUCAUAAUCGAUCAUUAUGAUGAGACCAGCCUGACUUUUGUAGGACAGGUACGGUGCAACUCCCGUCCUGAUGCCAAUAGGCUUUUUGAGUCACUUAACAACAAACUGGUGGGCGAUUGUUUUGUAAAAGUUUCAUGGAGACGACCCCUUCUAACGAACAGUCAAGUGACUGUAUCAGGUAGAAAGCCAAGGAGAGGCGAAAAUUCGAUUUACAACAGCCCGGACAGCUAUGAGGAACGAGAAAAUUAUCCGCCACAUCACUCCAAAAUUCCGCUUCGCCAUGACCGCUACUUUGGAAACAAUUGCAAUUCCGCGAGUACUGCCAAGGAUUCUCACCAAUGCGCUAAAAGACAGCUUUUAGAUGUGUUGACAAAAGAAAUUAAGGGGGCUAUGGAUUUUAUAUCAUACCCUAGUGCCUCCCGCGAUGAGAAUCUGAAAUGUAUAUCCGAAUACAUUUUUGAUGUUUACUGGCGCUCAGAUGUCGAAAGCUUGACAAAAUUCAUACUUCUGAUGAACACCAAGCCACAACAUGGAAGAAUCCUACAAAAGCAGGUACAAGAGGCCAUUAGUUUCCUUGGAUUCCAGCGGUGA